AGAGCCUAGCCAGGGUGGAGAGGAAUUGCUUAAGGGGGAAAUACAGAUGGUGAUACAUGGAGGAGAAUUUUCUAACUCUUGGGAGAUAACGGGCCUGAAACUAGUUUCUCUUUGAAUUAAUGAAAUGAAUUCUGGAGCCUUUCUUUAGAAGGAGUGGGAAAAAAUCUGUUUUCACUACUAGGGAUACAAUCUGUAACAGGAGGAAAAGGAUGAAAAGAUGGCUGACUUCUCACUACCAUGUUCUAACAAUUUCUGCAAGUUCACGCGUGAAUCCUUGGCUGCUAUUGAGAAGCGAAUCGCUGCCAAGAAGGAAUGCGUAGGUCAGAAGCCUGAAGAGAAACCUCGGCCCCAGCUUGACUUGAAGGCUUUCCAGAAACUGCCUGCUCUCUAUGGAAAUCCCCCUCAGGAGCUCAUUGGGGAACCACUGGAGGAUCUUGACCCUUACUACAGUGACCACAAGACAUUUAUGGUACUGAACAAAGGAAAAACAAUCUUCCGAUUUACUGCCACACAUGCCUUGUGUAUACUUAGCCCUUUUCAUCCGAUCAGAAGAGCAGUGAUUAAAAUUUUGGUACACAAAUGGUUCACUAUGUUUAUUAUGUGCACUAUUUUAACCAAUUGUGUCUUCAUGGCUAUAUUUGAUUCUCCUCAGAAGUCUAAGUCACCUGCAGCUCCUGAAUGGAACAUCUAUGUUGAGUACACUUUCACUGGCAUUUACACUUUUGAAGUAUUGAUAAAAAUAUUGGCAAGAGGAUUCUGUCUGAAUGAAUUCACUUUCCUUCGAGAUCCAUGGAAUUGGUUGGAUUCCAGUGUCAUUGCUAUGGCAUAUGUAUCGAUAUUUAGUAGACUACGCAGUGUUUCAGUCCUUCGCACAUUCAGGGUUCUGAGAGCUUUAAAAACCAUUUCAAUAGUCCCAGGACUGAAGGUCAUUGUAGGUGCACUGAUCCAGUCUGUUAAGAAACUUACUGAUGUGAUGAUCCUGACCCUUUUCUGCUUGAGUGUCUUUGCCCUCGUAGGCCUCCAGCUCUUUAAGGGCAAUUUGAGACAUAAGUGUGUCAGGCGUUUUAACUACACCAACGGAACUAUUACUUCAGAUGAUAAGACAUGGGACUCCUUUGACUUGUUUACUAAAGAUUCAGAAAAUGUUCUCAAGAAGAAUGACACCACUGAUAGCUUGUUGUGUGGCAAUGGCUCAGAUGCUGGCUCCUGUCCAGAUAAAUAUAUAUGUCUCAAAGUUGGGGAAAAUCCUGAUUUUGGCUACACAAGUUUUGAUACAUUUGGCUGGGCCUUUCUUUCCUUGUUCCGCCUGAUGACACAGGAUUACUGGGAGCGUCUCUAUCAACAGACUCUCAGAGCUUCUGGGAAGAUCUACAUGCUCUUUUUUAUGGUGGUCAUCUUUCUGGGCUCAUUUUAUCUGGUCAACUUGAUCCUGGCUGUAGUAGCAAUGGCAUAUCAAGAGCAGAACAAAGCUACUAUUGCGGAAACUGAGGCAAAGGAAAGGAAGUUUCGGGAAGCCAUGGAACUGUUAAUAAAAGAACAAGAGGCAUUGUCUGAUAAAGGAAAUGAUACAAUGUCACUUUGCUCUUUUGAAAUCUCGUCUUUACCAUCAAAAGAAGUCAAAGAUAGAAGCAACUUGAGAAAGAAAAAUAAGUCCUUAGGGAUAGAAGAUUAUGGGGAAGAUCAAAAAGUUCCCAAAUCACAGUCCAGUGACGAUCAACGAAAGUCGGCUCUUCUUGGUCUUACUUAUGGUGCCAGUGCAAAUCAAAUGAAGCGCAGGCUCAGCCAUGGAAACAUGUUCAAUUUCCAGAUAUCUGGCAGAGACAUUGGCUCCAAAGCUGAUUUUGGUUGUGAUGAGAUCAGCAGUGCUGGGGAAAAUGAAAUCCAGCGUGGGUCACUGUUGGUUGCACGGACUGGAAGACUACCGAGUGUGCAAAGUCAAAUGAGCCAUAGUUCUUACCCUGCUACUCCUAACUGCAUGCAGAAUGGCAAGUGCAACAGCACAGAUGGUUACAAUGGCGUGGUUUCAUUAAUGGGAGGAGGAAGCACCAGGGCAUACAGUCUAGAACCACCUGCUUCUGAAGGGUUAUUGCUCCCUCCAGUUAUGGAAAACCCUAGAAUAGGUGAUUUGAGCACUUUAUGUGAUGAGGCGAGCAAGAUGUAUUUGGCCCCUCGUCUGUCAGUGGAUUAUUUUAAUGAGCCACUUCAAAGACAAAGGGCAGCAAGUGCAAUCAGUAUCAUUACCAGUGUCCUGGAAGAACUUGAAGAAUCACAACAGAAAUUCCCUCCAUGCUUGAAAGAUUUUGCCCUAAAGUAUCUUGUAUGGGACUGUUGUCCACUAUGGUUGAGACUCAAGAACAAAGUGACAAUUUUAGUAACGGAUCCAUUUACUGACCUCGCUAUCACUGUUUGCAUUGUGGUGAAUACUAUCUUCAUGGCACUAGAGCACCAUAACAUGACACGCCCAUUUAAAUUCAUGCUUUGCGUAGGCAACAUGGUCUUUACUGGCAUUUUUACUGCAGAAAUGAUCUUGAAAAUCAUUGCUCUAGAUCCUUAUUACUAUUUUCAGCAGCGCUGGAAUAUUUUUGACAGCUUAAUUGUCACCAUCAGCUUAAUUGAAUUAAUUGACUUUCUACCUAAAAGCGGAAAAAGAAGAAUGCUAUCAAUUUUACGUUCUUUCAGACUGCUGAGAGUCUUCAAGCUGGCAAAGUCCUGGCCAACUUUAAAUACCCUCAUUAAAAUCAUUGGUAACUCAGUGGGUGCCCUGGGUAACCUCACCCUGGUUCUGGCGAUCAUAGUCUUUAUUUUUGCCGUGGUAGGAAUGCAACUUUUUGGGGAACAAUAUGUUAAAAAAUAUGAUGAAAAAUGCUAUAAAAUAUCUGAGGAUUGCAAGCCACGUUGGCAUUUUAUGGAUUUUUUCCACUCAUUCCUUAUUAUAUUCCGAAUUCUGUGUGGAGAAUGGAUUGAGACCAUGUGGGGUUGUAUGGUGGUAGCUGAUAAACCAUUAUGCCUUCUAGUCUUCUUGCUCGUCAUGGUGAUAGGAAACCUAGUGGUUCUCAACCUGUUCAUUGCACUACUGCUGAACUCCUUCAGUGCUGACAACCUCCAAGCACCCGAAGAUGAUGGAGAGAUGAACAAUCUUAAGAUUGCAUUUGCUCGGAUCCACAGGGGACUUUACCUGGUGAAACACGCAACAUGGGAUUACUGUUGUGGACAGUGCCAGCAUCCAAAGAAAGCUGCCAAAAAGAAAAAGAAAUUGGCUGCCAAGAACACAUGUUUGAAGGCUCGGAAAGAAGGGAAAAAUUGUAAAGAAAAUCACAGUAACAAUGGGACUGAGAAAAAUGGGGACAAAUGCUCAGUUAGCAUUCUUGAAGAUUUUAUCACCAACCCUAACAUGUUUGUCUGUGUCCCUAUUGCUGAGGCAGAUUCUGAUAGUGAACAUUAUGAAGAAGAUGAUGAUAAGCCAACCACAUUCUCAGAAACUGAGUUCUCUAAACAGGAAAACCACCUGAGGCAGAGGGGAGAGCAAUGUAAAAGUCCAGGAGUUUGGAGUAAAGGAUCUGAGGUUUUCUCUGAAGACUUAAGUGAGUUUAACAUAUGUAAACAAAGGAAGGAUGAAUCUUCACAAGGACAAAAAGAGCACCUGGAUGACAUCAGCUGUUCUGAAGGCAGCACAGUGGAUCUGACAAAUCCUGAGGAGUUUCUGAAACAGAUCUCUGAGCUGGCUGAAUUCGUAAAAGAACCUGAUAACUGUUUUCCAGAAGGCUGUGUUCGAUAUUUCCCUUGCUGUGUGGUGAAUACCACAAAGUUUCCAGGCAAAAUGUGGUGGAACCUGAGGAAAACCUGCUACAAAGUUGUUGAACAUAGCUGGUUUGAAAGCUUUAUCAUAUUCAUGAUCCUGCUGAGCAGCGGUGCCCUGGCAUUUGAAGAUAUUCAUCUUCAAAACAGAAAAAACAUUAAAACCAUGUUGGAAUUUCUUGAUCAAGUCUUCACUUAUAUCUUUGUCUUGGAAAUGUUUCUGAAAUGGCUGGCUUAUGGCUUCAGGAAGUAUUUCACCAAUGCCUGGUGUUGGCUUGAUUUCCUUAUUGUAGAUGUCUCUUUAGUAACCCUCAUAGAUAAGUUCCUUGGAAAUUCCAAAAUAGGAGCCAUGAAAUCUCUUAGGACUCUCCGAGCUUUGAGACCAUUAAGAGCAUUGUCACGGUUUGAAGGGAUGAGGGUGGUUGUAAAUGCAUUGAUAGGUGCCAUCCCUUCCAUCAUGAACGUUCUGCUUGUCUGCCUUAUUUUCUGGCUCAUUUUUAGUAUCAUAGGAGUGAACCAAUUGGCAGGACGAUUUGGAAAAUGCGUUAACAUGACUGAAGAAAAAUCAGUAUUAAAUAAAAGUAUUAAGAACAAACAGAAUUGCACAGCCUAUAAUGAGACACACAAAAUAUAUUGGACAAAUGGUAAAGUCAACUUUGAUAACGUUGGUUCUGGUUAUCUGGCUCUUCUUCAGGUGGCGACAUUUAAAGGUUGGAUGGACAUUAUGUAUGCAGCAGUAGAUUCACCAGGGAAAGAAAAACAGCCAAAGGAGGAAUUUAAUCCGUACAUGUACCUCUAUUUUGUGGUUUUCAUAAUCUUUGGAUCUUUCUUCACACUGAAUCUCUUUGUCGGUGUCAUUAUUGACAAUUUUAACCAACAAAAGAAAAAGAUAAGUGGACAAGACAUCUUUAUGACAGAAGAACAGAGAAAGUAUUAUAAUGCAAUGAAAAAACUGGGAUCCAAGAAACCCCAAAAACCUAUCCCAAGGCCAUUGAACAAAUACCAAGGGUUUUUAUUUGACAUCGUAACAAGCCAAGCCUUUGAUGUUAUCAUCAUGAUUCUCAUCUGCCUUAACAUGAUCAGUAUGAUGAUAGAAACUGAUGAUCAAAGUCCAGAGAAGACUAACAUUCUUAACAAAAUCAACAUACUCUUUGUUGUCAUCUUUACUGUAGAAUGCAUCAUGAAAUUAUUGGCCCUAAGACACUACUACUUCACCAAUGGCUGGAACAUUUUUGAUUUGAGUGUUGUCAUCGUGUCCAUUGUUGGCAGUGUGCUCUCUAACAUUGUUAAAGUAUUAGAAUAUCUUUUCCCACCUACACUCUUCAGAGUCAUUCGCUUGGCUCGAAUUGGACGAAUACUAAGACUCAUCCGAGCUGCGAAAGGAAUUAGAACUCUCCUUUUUGCCUUAAUGAUGUCCCUUCCUGCUCUGUUCAACAUUGGCCUCUUACUUUUUCUGGUCAUGUUUAUUUACGCCAUUUUUGGCAUGGCUAACUUUGCUUAUGUUAAGUGGGAGAGUGGGAUUGAUGACAUGUUCAACUUCCAAACCUUUGCUAACAGCAUGCUCUGUCUCUUCCAAAUCACAACAUCUGCUGGCUGGGAUGGUCUUCUCAGUCCUAUUUUAAACACUGGACCUCCAUUUUGUGAUCCAAAGACUAAAGAAGUUGUGGGAGAAUGUGGUAAACCUGUUGUGGGUAUUAUUUUCUUUGUAAGUUACAUCAUUAUAUCAUUUCUCAUUGUUGUAAACAUGUAUAUAGCUGUUAUUUUAGAGAACUUCAAUGUUGCCACUGAGGAAAGUACAGAUCCUCUAGGUGAAGAUGACUUUGAUAUGUUUUAUGAAGUCUGGGAGAAAUUUGAUCCUGAGGCAACUCAGUUUAUUGGGUAUUCGGCACUUUCAGACUUUGCAGAUGCUCUGGCAGAACCUUUACGUGUAGCCAAACCAAACAAAAUUGAGCUCAUAGCCAUGGACCUUCCCUUGGUCAGUGGAGAUAGGAUCCACUGUUUGGAUAUUUUGUUUGCUUUCACUAAACGGGUGCUAGGAGAAUCUGGGGAGAUGGAUACUCUAAAAGUACAGAUGGAGGAAAAGUUUAUGGCUGCCAAUCCAUCCAAGCUUUCUUAUGAACCAAUCACAACCACGAUCAGACACAAACAAGAGGAAGUUUCUGCCAUUAUUAUCCAGAGGGUUUACAGGAGUCAUUUGAUGCAACGUUCCAUGAAGCAGGCCUCUUUUUUAUACUGUCAUAGAACCUGUGAUGGUGACAUCCUUGAAGAUGCUCCAGAGAAAGAAGGCCUCAUUGCAUUCAUGGCAAAUGAAAAUUAUGGUAGAAAUUUAGACAAGUCAGAAACUGUGUCCUCAACAUCUUUCCCUCCAUCCUAUGACAGUGUCACUGGGACCACUAAUGAGCACCUUGAGGUAAAGAUGGCAGACUCUCCGCAAAGUGUUGAACCUACCAAUCGUCCACUAUCUGCAGAGAGAGAAGAGGAAUCCAUUGUUUAAAUUUUUAAGAAUGCUUUAAAAUAUUGUUCCCAGCAUGUAAUGAUGUAAAUAUACAGCAAUUGAAGCAGCCUUCUUAUUAAACAUUAGUUGCAAAAGAAACAGUGGUGUUUUUACCCUUAACUGCAGAAGUUGGUAAGGUAUUUUGACCCUGCUACAUUCAACUUUGCUUAAUGUUUAUAUUUAUAUAUGAACAGGAAGAAUUUGUGUAUGGUUACAGCCGUUAUAUCAGUGGCAGUACCAAGUUAAGGCAGAAUCCCGAGUAUGUGUUUACUGUGGCCCAGACAGUGUUGAUAGAGCAGUAUUCCACUUACUUCUGCUAACCAGACAUUUACUUCUUUAGAUUGGUUUGCUUUGUUGGGGAGCAAGUUCAAGGAAGAUAAAUUUCAUGGUGUCUGGAAAUAAAUAUCUGCCUGGGGUAAAGGGUGGGCUGGGAGAAAGUUUAAGGUUUGAGGGUUUUGGAAGUAGGGAGGGAGUUGAAAUGUAGUCUUAAUUCAUUCCUAAUUAACAUUUUGAUUAUAAACCCGGUAAAUUUAUGACUCAUAAUCUGUUCAAUCCUGUGUUUCACAUAUCGCAAGCAUAAUCAUUGCAUGACUCAUUGAUAUGACAUAGUAUACUGGAACUCCUCCAAUACGAUGAAUUUAAACAGAAUAGCCAUGGUGUGUAUACUAUUGUAGUCAUGUUACUGCAGUAUAAUGAAAUAAUAAAUAUAACAUUUAA